GAGACCGAUCUUUGCUUCUCCGGAACCCGGGUUGUUUGUUGGAGGGCUUGCGAGUGGAAAGGAUGAUGCCUGGUAGGAUGGAGCGAUAUGGAGGAAUCGCGUCUGUUAAAUCUGCCAAAACCUAAAUAGGCUGUGACUUUAAACGCUGUGUUGUGUGGCCUACAGAGACGUUGCUUUCUCUUAAUCGCUAAUACGACCGUGGACGCUUCAUUUAUCUCCGUUAGGUGUGUAGAGUAAGUGCUAGCUCGCAACAAUUCUUACCUAAGAUCAGCCGAAUGUUGGCGGACUGAGUGGCCACGGGCUCGGACAGUGUUGGGGUCGGCAAGUAGACUUCAUCGAUCUCGAAUUGGGGGAUGUUAUCCGUACUUUCCUAUGGCAGAAUUGUUGCCAGGGCUGUCCUGGGUGGACUCUCCCAAACUGAUGGUCGGGAUUACAGCCUCAUCACAGCUAGCUGUGGUUUCGGAAAAGACUUUCGUAAGGGGAUCUUGAAGAAAGGGAUGUGCUACGGCGAUGAUGCUUGCUUCAUUGCUCGACACAAAUCUGUUGAUGUUUUGGGAGUGGCAGAUGGCGUCGGAGGCUGGAGGGACUAUGGCGUGGACCCGUCGCAGUUCUCCGCCACGCUGAUGCGGACGUGUGAGCGGCUGGUGAAGGAGGGCCGUUUCACGCCCAGCAACCCAGUCGCCAUCCUCACCUCGGCCUACUACGAGCUGCUGCAGAAUAAAGUGCCCCUGCUUGGGAGCAGCACGGCCUGCAUCGUGGUGCUGGACCGGCGGAGUCACCGGCUGCACACCUGUAACCUCGGCGACUCGGGUUUCCUGGUGGUCCGCGGCGGCGAGGUGGUGCACCGCUCGGACGAGCAACAGCACUACUUCAACACGCCCUUCCAGCUGUCCAUCGCGCCGCCCGGGGCCGAGGGCGUGGUUCUGAGUGACAGUCCUGAUGCUGCAGACAGCUCCUCUUUCGACGUCCAGCUGGGAGACAUCAUCCUGACAGCCACCGACGGGCUCUUUGACAACAUGCCUGACUACAUGAUUCUGCAAGAACUCAAGAAGCUCAAGAACACCAACUACGACAGCAUCCAGCAGACAGCUCGUAGCAUCGCCGAGCAGGCCCACGAGCUGGCUUAUGACCCCAAUUACAUGUCGCCCUUCGCCCAGUUUGCCUGUGACAAUGGCCUGAAUGUACGAGGAGGAAAGCCAGAUGACAUCACGGUGCUCCUCUCCAUAGUGGCGGAGUACACAGACUGAGCGCGUGCGGGAGUGUGUGUGAUGUGCGUUUCCUUGUGGGAGUUCUCUAUGUGGUGCUGCUCCACCUCAAGGCCCGAGUCUUCCGAACUACCCCACCUCCCUGCCCUCCACUGUUCUCAACCUUCACUCCCCGCCCGAGUCACCCCUCCCCAUCUCCUUCUUGCACUGCCCUCUUUGUAGUCACUCUGGUCGUCAUGUGCAUAACACGCACACGCAUGCACAACACAAAGAAGUAGCCUCUGUGGUUAAAGUCUUCCUACUCUGCACCAGACAAUGCAGACACGGGGCUGUUAAACAAAGAUGACGCACCGAGAUGACAAUCAUUUCUGUCUAUGUGGUGUGCAUGCUGAAAGAUCUAAACAAAAACAAAAAGUAACAGAAGGUAUAGUUGUCCUUUGUGUGGUUCUAGUGACAUGAGAAGACUGGUGUGUCAUAAAUGAUGCGGUUCUAGGGAUGGAAUGGGGUUACAUUCAGGCAGAAAGGGUCUUUGUUGUCACCAUCGGAGAUGGUUGUAGUGUGGGAAGGUGUUUGUGUGUGUAUGGGGGGGGGGGGGGGGGGGGGGGUGAGUGCAGAAAUAUGUGGCUAAAUGUCUCUUGUUUGUUGGAAGGAAAAUGAAGGAUGUCUGUUGUUGUGCUGGAACGUUGAUGCUGUAGAUUGUUUAGAUGCCUGGGUCUAUUUGUCAGUAUGUGUGUUGGGAAUAUGUUCAGGCCAUUAAACUGCCUGUGACUCAUAGACAUUUGUGGCGAGUGCUGCCCAUAUUUACUCUGAAUGAUGGUGGCACUGGUGCCUGGUUUUCUAGUUGAGAUGGGAGUUUGAUCGUGCACAGGAUGUUUGCAGAUGUAGGGUGCAUUUGUGGGUUUAACAUAGUCAAAAGCAAAAGUUUGAGUCUGCUGUCUUGAUUUGAGCCUUUUCUGGUUAAAGGGCUGUGGCCAUAAUAAAUGUACUGUCUGCAUUUAGUGAGUGAAUGUGAGUGAGUGGUUGGAUAGUUUCAGUGUGACUGAAGUUCGUAUAGGGAAGAAGGGAGUGUUGCUUUUGGAAUGGGAGAUGUCAGCCCUAACAGACACUGACACAGGGACGUUUGUGGUUGGGUUAGUGUCUGGGGCUACACAAUGCAUCUUAGUUUUUUGAAGUUGCCAGUCAGAUGUCAUGUUCAUACUGCCUACUCCUCUUCUUGAUCAGGUCAACAACGCACAAGGGUGAAGCAGGUUGUUGGGAGGAAGUACUCUCGGUGAGGGGGGAAAAAAAAAGAAAAAAGUUAGGUCAGGUAUGAGUUGAAAGUCAGAGGUUUUAUUUUUGUAUUAUGUUUCUUUCGUAGUGUGCUUACUUAAAACAAACAAAAAAGUGUGGUAGAUGUACGUCUUUUUUGGAUGUUCGGCUCAGGUCACGUGCACGUGCAGCCAUAUUCAGUUUUUCGGACGGCUAAACACCACCUGCACUGUGAGAGAGUGAUGAUUGUGUGAAGGGUUGUCUAACAAUAUAUAUUUUUUUAUUUUAUUUUGUUUCGGCUCUAGGUUCAAUCUAGAGAAAGUUGAACGAGUGUGCUGCUUUUUCAUAUGUACAUGAAACAAAAAAGUGGGUCUAUUUGAUUUAUUUAUAUGGGUCAACUUGUUUGUUUGUGUGGGUGGGUGGGGGUGUGUGUGUGUGUGUGUGUGUGUGUGUGUCUGUCUGUGUGUGUGUCUGUCUGUCUGUCUGUCUGUCUGUCUGUCUGUGUGUGUGUGUCUGUCUGUCUGUCUGUCUGUGUGUUUAGAAUGUAAUGUGUGCAUCAUUCACAUUGGAGCUCCAUCUAACUGUUACAUCAUUCAGUGGGUCCUCUUCUGACCCGAUCACAUUUAUCUUCUCGGUUCUUACCAUUUAAGCUCAAGUCAGAAUGUUGGUAUGUCUAAGAUGGGAGCCAUUAUAAUCCUGGUCUCUUUUGGGAAACGUCAAAGCAAUAUGGUUGCCACCACAAGUGAUUUGGUUGUAUGCUUGGCUGAUUUAUUUGGAUCAUAUCUGCCAUUAUGUAUCCAGGUCAGCAACUGUCUGUGUUUUGAAGUGGACAGUGAAGCUUAAUUAGGCUGUAUGUGUGAAAAGUCAGAUGUGUUUAAAGGGGGAAAAUGGUCAAAAAAAAUAAUAAGUGACCACAUCCUCAUCCAUGUGCCUCAAUCAUGAUUGUGACCAGAAAAGAGGUCAUUUGAACAUGUUUGGCUUUCGUAGUUUGGUGAUCAGAUCCCCUGGUCGCUAAAUGUGUAUGUGUGUUUGUGUAAGAAAGUAUGCGUGCGUAACUUUAUCGCAGGUCAUGAUUCUUUAAAGAAAACCAAAGUAGGAAAGCCAUAGCUGCCAGCAUGACCAAGGCAUCUCUCGAAAUUCCACACUCUCUGUUAUGUUGGGAAUGUGUUUUGCUGUUCUGUGAGAAGAAUAUGGGGUCGCUGUAAUGUCUGAAUAUAUGUACAAGGACAUGUAAAACAAAUCAAACAAGCAGGCAGUAAACUUAAAUGGUUAUUAAGACAAUACCACAUGUAACUGACAAUAAACCUCUGUGUGUGUUAGGGUGUGUGUUUUAGACAUGGAGAAAAAAAAGGUAUUUUAAGCUGCAUUUCAUUUCUUUUCUCUUUUUUUUUCCCCUGGUAAAUCGUCUGGGCUAGUGUUGCAUGAUGUUUGUCGAGGCUGGUUGUAUCUCUGAUGUUCACUUCUGUCUGUGUUGCUGAUACUCUCGUCCAUCUCAACACAACACAGCCUCUGCUACAUAAUCAGAAAUGGAUCUUGUCCUUAGUUAAAAAUGGCAUUAAGAUUCAUUAAAAACCUGGACUUGCCUCAUCGGAGACAUUUAGCAGCUGAAUACUGAAUAACUGGUAUUCAGCCACUAAAUGGGUGACCCCCCCCCCC